AUGUCUGAGGAGAACGCAGCCUGGCCGCUGGCCGAUGCCACCCUCACCCAGGAGAUCCUCGAUCUCCUGCAGUCGGCGACGCACCUGCGUCAGGCCAAGAAGGGCGCCAACGAGGUGACCAAGGCGCUGAACCGCGGCACCUGCGAAAUCGCCAUUCUCGCCGCCGACACCGAGCCGCUCGCCAUCCUGCUGCACAUCCCCCUCCUGUGCGAGGACAAGGGCACUCCCUACGUCUACGUCCCGAGCAAGACGAUGCUGGGCCGCGCCUGCGGCGUCAGCCGUGCCGUCAUCGCGGCCAGCAUCAACUCGAACGAGGCCAGUGAGCUGGCUGGCCAGAUCAAGGCCCUGCGCGACAAGGUCGAGCGCCUCGCCAUCUAA